CCCACCCACCCACACGAGCACCGCCAGAAGCCCCGAACACACCCUUUGCAAUCCACGCCGUCACUGACGUCCACGCUCUUUCUGGCUCCACUCUUUAAAAAGUCGCGAGCGCCGAACCGGCCAGCCAGCACAAGGGGAUUGCGUGCGCGUGUGCGCGUGCGUGUGUUCGCGUGCGUGAGCCGCCAACGCCAGCGAGCACCUCCACCCACCCGCGGAUCCAUCGAUAACCGAGGCUGCGGCGAGCCGCGAUAGGACGACUCGAGCGUCAAUUCCACAGUGGUGAUGAGAGUUGUGUAGCGGUAGGGAAACGGGGGGUGGGGGAGGGAGGGUGCUGCGGGGUUGAGAGAGGGGGGGGGUGGAUAUAAUAAUAAGAAUAAAUAACUAAAACCCACAGAAGCAAAAGUACCCCGAUGGUGCCUUGAAGCAGUGGCGGCGCGGCGCUCCUCUGAAGAGAAGGUGUGAGGAGUUGAGACACGUGGAGCCGAAGAAGCUCCCGGCACGUGGAGCGAAACGUCGGGCGCCGUGCCGAGCAAAGCGCGCCGGCAGCCCACCACCAGGGCGGAGAAGCUGCGCGAAGUUUCAAGCGUUGACCCUGAGCCCUGGCAACAACAACAACAACAAAAAAGAAUCACAGUUUUUUUUUCGGCAGUGUCGACUCGCACACGUGCAAUCGCCGAAGGAGGUGAAGCCUCUCGCACAAUGGCCACCCCUCGCCGGAGCUGUGGGCCCAGGUCCUGCCCGACGCUUCACGCCUCGUUGCUGCUCCCCGUCCUCCUGCUGCUCCUGCUGCUGCUGCUGGGCGGAGGAAGCUCCCUCAAGCCGCCCAUCCCUCGAAUCAAACUCUCCUACAAAGAGCUACAGGCGACCAACAGCUCGCUGGUGCUGGCCCUGGCGAUGGAAAGCUCCGAGUUCCUGGAGAUGGUUGUGGACGAGGAUCGGGGGCGACUCUUUGUGGGCGCGCGCGACCACCUCUACAUGCUCCAGCUGGACAACCUCAACCGCGCGCCUAAGAAGAUUUAUUGGCCACCUUCAAGAGACAAGUCUGAGAUGUGUCGCCACGCUGGCAAGAACCCCUUGACGGAGUGCGCAAACUUCGUACGAGUCCUGCAGCCGUACAACCGCACGCACCUGUACAUGUGUGGCACCGGGGCCUACAAUCCCAUCUGCGCCUACGUUAACCUCGGGCAGAAGGUGGAGGAUCCCGUAUUCCGACUGGAGCCGCACAGCCUGGAGCCUGGCCUGGGGAAGUGUCCCUUUGACCCCCUCCAGCCCUCAGCGUCCAUCAUGGCCGGCGAGAAGCUCUUUUCUGCGGCCGCGUGGGACUUCAUGGGGAAGGACGUCGCCUUUGCCAGAUUUCUCAGCCAGUGGCCGGCCCGCUCGGCCAUCCGCACGGAGCAGCAUGAGAAACUUUGGCUCAACGAACCCAAGUUCGUGGGAGCGUUCGCCAUCCCCGAGACCAGCAGCCCCGACGACGACAAGGUGUACUUCUUCUUCCGCGAGGUCGCCGUGGAGACGGGGGGCAAGGACAAGGCGAUCUACACGCGUGUGGCUCGCGUGUGCAAGAACGACGUGGGUGGGCAGCGAAGCCUCGUCAACAAGUGGACCACGUUCCUCAAGGCCCGGAUCGUGUGCUCCGUGCCGGGGCUGAAUGGCAUCGACACGCACUUCGACGAGCUGCAAGACGUCUUUCUGCUUCAAACGAAGGAUGAGAAAUCCCCCAUUCUGUACGGAGUCUUUACCACGUCCAGCUCUGUCUUCCGCGGAUCAGCGGUGUGCGAAUACACCAUGCCUGACAUACGCGCCGUAUUCAACGGGCCCUUCUCUCAUCGGGAGGGCGCAGACCACCAGUGGCUUAAAUACCAGGGCAAGAUUCCUUACCCGAGGCCUGGCAUGUGCCCGAGCCGCACGUACGAGCCACAGCUGCGCUCGACGCGCGAAUUCCCCGACGAGAUGCUGGCGUUCGCCCGCUCCCACCCCCUCCUGCACGACACGGUGCGGCCCUCGCGCGGCCGCCCGGCCUUCACGCUCGCCGGGGCCGCCCGCGUCACCGCCAUCGCCGUGGACCGCGUGGAGGCCGACGACGGCCCCUACAGCGUCUUCUUCCUCGGCACGGAUGCUGGCACGGUGCUCAAGGCGAUCAGCAUCAGUAAGAGCAGCUGGGAGGCGGAGGAGGUCAUUCUGGAAGAGCUGCGAGUCUUCAAGGAGCCAACUCCGAUCUUGUCUCUGAAAAUAUCGCCGAAGCGGCAGCAGCUGUACGUGGCUUCCCGCACCGGCGUGGCGCAGCUGUCCCUGCAUCGCUGCUCCAGCUACGGGCGCGCUUGCUCCGAGUGCUGCCUGGCACGCGACCCCUACUGCGCGUGGGACGGCACCGCCUGCACGCGAUACUUUCCCACCGCUAAGCGGCGGGCGCGCAGGCAGGACGUGCGUCACGGUAACCCUGCCACACACUGCUGGGAUCUCAACGAGGGAGAACACGUGGAGGAAAAAGUGGUGUUUGGGGUAGAGAGCAACGCCACGUUCCUGGAGUGCCGGCCAAAAUCCCGGCAAGCGUCCACCACGUGGCUCGUCCAGCACCCGCGUGAAGAGGUGUGGGAAGAGGUCAAGGCCGACGACCGAGUCGCCAGGACGGAGCACGGCCUGCUCAUCCGCCGCCUGCAGCGCCGUGACGCCGGCAAGUACUACUGCCGCGCUCGCGAGAAGUCCUUCUCGCAGACGGUGACGCGCGUCGCCCUGCGCGUCCUCCCCGGCGACCUCGCCGAGUCCCCCGACGAGCUCGGCGGUCGGGUCAAAGGUCAGCGCGACGGACCGCCGCCGCGCAAGCCGCCGUUGCGCGCGCGGUACAAGGACGUGAUGAGGCUCCUGGGGGCGCCGUCCCCGCUGGGCCCCGACGGCUACUGCGAACAGCUGUGGCGCAAGCGGUCGGCCAAGGGGAGGCCCCUCGGGGUGGCGGUGGGCGGCGGAGGCGGAGGAGGAGGAGGAGGAGGAGAGCCGACCGGGUUGACCGGCGCCGCCUUCGAUGGAGACAUCGCCGGCAAGACGAAGCAGAGAGAGAUAAAGAGCAGGAAUCGCCGUGACAGGCACAGGUCUGCCGCGGUAAGCGGGGCUAGCGGACAGCGUUAGGUGUGGCGGCGACGGCGGCGGUGGUGGUGGUGGAGACCUGGGUCGGUUAGCACUCCAGAAUAAAUUAUUUGAAGAGAAAAUACGUCACUGAUGAAUGCGGCUGAAUUCCUUUGAUGCUGAAAAUAAAGGGGUUGGGGGGGGGGGGACGUAAUAUUAAAUUUGCAGAUGUUCUUGCGGGGGAUUAGAGGCUUUUACUGACUCUAUUGUAUAACAUAUAAUGUGAUGGUAUUAGUAAUUAGUCUGUUUUUAUGUAGUAGUGUUUUCUCCCUCGUAGACCUCUAUACAGCAUGCUUUUGUGAAUUUAAAUGGAGAAUAAAUAACAUAAGAGAGCAAUUAAAGUGACCACUUUUGGGC